UAUGUUGUAACCAGAAGAUGAACUCAUUGUGUAACUUAAUGUGAUUUUUGCAGAGUCACCAUCUGCUGUUGAUGCUGGUGUAACUGAAAUGAAGCUCAUGUCAGUGAAGGAGGGAGAUCCUGUCAUUCUUCAGACUGCCGUUCCUCAACUAACCGGAGAUGAGCUGAUAGUGUGGAGGUUUGGGGAUGAAGGAAAACUCAUAGCUAAACAUGAUAUAGAGGCCAAAAGCCCACCUUUAUAUGAUGACACUGAUGAGAGAUUCAGAGACAGACUGAAGCUAAAUGAUCAGACUGGAUCUCUGAUCAUCACAAACACCAGAACCACAGACUCUGGACACUACAAAGUGAAAAUCAGCAGCACCAAACAGACCAUAUACCAGAAAUACAUUGUUACUGUCAGUGAACCAGGUCUGUCUCCAGCAGCUGUAGCUGUGAUUGUUGGGGCAGGGAUUGUUGUUGUUGUUCUCCUGGCGACUGCAGCAGCUGUUGGUUUGAUUUACCAUCGCCAAAUGAUUGCAGAAAUACCGGAGACAGUGUCAGGAGUGGAGGGAGACAAAGUCGAACUAAAAACUGGAGUUACUAAAAUACAGACAAGUGAUCUGAUAGAGUGGAAGGGUGGAAAUAAAGACAAUCUCAUAGCUCAAAUCAAAGAAGGGACUAUCACUUCAUAUGAGGAUGUUUUUUAUGGGGUAUUCAGAGACAGAAUAAAGCUGGACAUGAAGACUGGAUCUCUGACCAUCACAAACCCCAGAAUUGAACACACUGGACCCUACAAGUUACUGAUCAACAAGAAAUUAAAGAAGAGAUUUAUUGUUUAUAUCAAAGGAAAGACACUGACAGUGAAGGAGAAUGAUUCUGACACUCUAGACACUAAAACUGAAUUACAGACCGGUGAUGAGAUACGGUGGAUGUUUGGAGAUAAAGAUGCUCUCAUAGCUGAAAUCAAAGGAGAGACCAGAGAGAUGACUACAUAUGAUGGUCCUGAUGGGAUAUUCAGAGACAGACUGGAGCUGAACAAGAUGACUGGAUCGCUGACCAUCAAAAACAUCACAGCUGAUCACGCUGGACUCUAUAAACUACUGAUCCUCAGCUCAGGAAGUACCUUGUGCAGUAAAUUCUUCAUUUAUGUCGGAGGUGUGUUUGGUGCUGAUGAAGAUGAAGUGAAGUCAGUGUCAGUGAUGGAGGGAGAUUCUGUCACUCUGAAUCCUGAUCCUACUCAAAUACAGGGAUUUAUUCUGAUACUAUGGAGGUUUGGAGAUCCAGUCAUUGCUCAAAUCAAUAGAAAAGUGACCUCCUAUCCCAGUUACAUUGAGCUAUUCAGUGGCAGACUGCAGCUGGAUCAGACUGGAUUUCUCACAAUCAACAACAUGAGAAUUAAACACUCUGGACUUUAUAAAAUAAAAGUCAUUAAAAAAGCUGGGAUUUCAAAUAUAAAAUUCACAGUUACUGUCUAUGAGUCACCAUCUGCUGUUGAUGCUGGUGUAACUGACAUGAAGCUUGUGUCAGUGAUGGAGGGAGAUCCUGUCAUUCUUCAGACUGCCGUUCCUCAACUAACUGGAGAUGAGCUGAUAGUGUGGAGGUUUGGAGAUGAAGGAAAACUCAUAGCUAAACAUGAUAUAGAGGCCAAAAGCUCACCAUUAUAUGAUGAAACUGAUGAGAGUUUAAGAGACAGACUGAAGUUGGAUCAGACUGGAUCUCUGACCAUCACAAACACCAGAAAAACCGACUCAGGACACUAUAAAGUGAAAAUCAGCAGCAACAAACAGACCUUAUACCAGAAAUACAUUGUUACUGUCAGUGAACCAGGUCUGUCUCCAGCAGCUGUAGCUGUGAUUGUUGGGGCAGGGAUUGUUGUUGUUGUUCUCCUGGUGAUUGGUUUGAUUUACCAUUGCCAAACGAUUGCAGAACUACCGGAGACAGUGUCAGGAGUGGAGCGAGACAAAGUCGAACUAAAAACUGGAGUUACUAAAAUACAGAUAAGUGAUCUGAUAGAGUGGAAGGGAAAUAAAGACAAUCUCAUAGCUCAAAUCAAAGAAGGGACUAUCACUUCAUAUGAGGAUGUUCUUUAUGGGAUAUUCAGAAACAGACUGAUGCUGGACAUGAAGACUGGAUCUCUGACCAUCACAAACCCCAGAAUUGAACACACUGGACCCUACAAGUUACUGAUCAACAAGAAAUUAAAGAAGAGAUUUAUUGUUUAUAUCAAAGUGGGGACACUGACAGUGAAGGAGAAUGAUUCUGACACUCUAGACACUAAAACUGAAUUACAGACCGGUGAUGAGAUACGGUGGAUGUUUGGAGAUAAAGAUGCUCUCAUAGCUGAAAUCAAAGGAGAGACCAGAGAGAUGACUACAUAUGAUGGUCCUGAUGGGAUAUUCAGAGACAGACUGGAGCUGAACAAGAUGACUGGAUCGCUGACCAUCAAAAACAUCACAGCUGAUCACGCUGGACUCUAUAAACUACUGAUUCUCAGCUCAGGAAGUACCUUGUGCAGUAAAUUCUUCAUUUAUAUCGGAGAAUCCACAGCGAGUGAGUGAAUAAAUCAGUGAGUGUAGUGAAGCCACUGAUGAAUGGAGAGAAUGUGGAUGAAGUGAAUAAGGAGGAGGGGAGGAGUUCACUUUAAUAACAUAAGACCCGCGCACCAGUGUCAAUCACUCUGACAUCAGCAGCAGCUACUACAGCAAUUAUAUAUUAUAAAUAUUAUAUAUUAUUAUAUCAGUUUUACAUAAUAGAUUACAUGUGUUAUCCAGUUUAAUUUAAAUAAUUAAUUUAAUCAGGUCUGGAUGUCAGAUUGUAUAUGCAACCCAAAUUUAUAGUGCCUUUGUUUGCAUGCUAAUGUAUGAAUGCGUUGUUUUAUUGAUUUCCACUAAAGCAUCUGAUUAUCUCCUGAUAAUUAUCCCCAUGAACUUCAAGACUGCUUCAGUGUUGUGUUUUAACACGAGUUUGGUUAAACGCUGAGUAGUGUUCAUCAGGUUUUGUUCACAUAAAUGCUGAAUCCUCAGAAAAAUCUAAAUAAAUGUUGUAUUACCUGUGGUUGUCUUGCUGAAAAGCUUUUCAUUUGGUGAUUCAAAAAUCCCUUGACUGUUCCUGGAAAAGAGUCAAAUCUUCGUAGAAAACAGCGCGACAUCUGGCAAGCAAAAAA